AGAGAGACUGUCUCUUGCCUUACAACUGCUGCCGGGUAGACCGUUAUUGUCACAUUGUGCGAAACCAGUUCAAGCGUCCAACCAUCCUGCUGGGAUCAAUCCAAAACACCGUGCCGUCAUGGGGAAGGUGGAAGGAGGAAUGAAAUGCGUUAAAUACCUUCUAUUCGUGUUCAACUUCAUAUUCUGGUUAAUGGGAUCCUUUGUUGUAGCAGUGGGACUGUGGCUACGUUUUGACCCAGAAACAGUUUCUCUGCUCAACAACGACAAGGCUCCAGAUACGUACUUCAUUGGCGUGUACAUACUGAUUGGUGCUGGCGGCCUGGUGAUGCUGGUUGGUUUCUUCAGCUGUUGUGGAGUUGUUAGAGAAUCUCAAUGCCUGCUGGGAUCGUUCUUUGCUUGUCUGCUGAUUAUUUUUGGGUCUGAAGUGGCAGCAGGGGUGUUUGGAUUCUUAAACAAAGACAAGAUAAUUAAGGAUGUCCAAACCUUCUACAUAGAAGCUUAUAAUGAAAACAACAACAGCACAUUGGUCAUGUCUUAUCAUAAAGUGCUAAACUGCUGUGCGACCGCAGCAAGCCCAUGCUUCAGUUCUGAUCAAAAUAUCAAGGACUGUGAGGCAGGACUCAAAGACUUCUUCAACAAUAAACUCUACAUCAUUGGUUAUGUGGGCAUCGGCAUGGCUGGAGUCAUGAUCAUUGGAAUGAUUUUCAGUAUGGUGCUCUGCUGUGCCAUUCGCAACAGCAGGGAGGUUAUUUAAGACGAAUCCUUGACCUGGCCUCUCAGGCACCCAAGAAACAGAGCAUGUCCCAAAAAUGAAUUUUCACUGUGGUGCUCAGUUACCCUUCCCUUGGUCUAAUCUUUUUUCAUAUAUAUAAUUUCAUAUUUAUUCACAACUCAAGAGGCAUAAUCUUACGUUCGUGACAUUCUGAUAGGACUGUAACAUAUCAAGUGGGAACACUACAGUCUGUGUUGACCUGACAAUCAGUCAAAUAGUUUCUCCUCUCAGCCAUUUGUCCACCACUGCAAAUUUUAACCGACAUACUGGCACAACAGUGUCAGUGCCUCUUCACAUAGCCUUGACACUGACCCCUUGGCUGUGGGAAACUUAAGCCUGAGAGAGCAACCAGAGGUGAAAACAGCUGAGUUUGCUUAUUUGUCACACACACACUCACAGAAGCACACAUGCAAACACAGCAGUGACAUGUUACAUAAAACCACAGCUGUAAAAAGAAGUGAGAAAGAGAGGGGAUGACACAGAUUGGUCUGUUAAAAAUGGGAACGACUGUUGAAUGUUUCUACUACAGCCCUGCAUUCUUACUUAACAUCAUGCAAACACUCAGAGCUUUUCAAGCUACAAAUGUUGCUGACUACAACACAAAUCCACAUAAGUGUAAAGCAGUAAUUUGGCAUUUAUUUGAUUUCUUAAAGACAGUUCAUGAUGAUCCCCUCAUCCCUGUUCUCUGAAUUUGUUCAGCUAGCAGCUGUUUUACUUAAAUUGUAAACAGGACUCGUAUGUAAAGAAGGAAACAAGAUUUUUACAUCAUCUUUUCACAAAGGCAUUUUUAUUAACGCUAACGGGUAAACACAGAGGUUAGAAUUGAUUAUAUAAUCUUUAUAACAGCCUCAAACACAGCUAAACCACUAAACAGAUUUCCCUAUCCUCCCAUUAAGAAGACUUCAUUACCUGUUUAUUAAUGCCAUUUCCUACUUAUCCAGUGAUCAUAAAUAUACUGUCCUACAUAAGAGAGUAUAUCCUGUCUCUGUUGACUAUGAUGUUUACAGGCUAUGAACCAGCUAAAGAACAGUCACAGAGGCCAUCGUUAACACCUCUCAUUUCCAUCUCUUUUUUCCCCUUUGUGCCUUAAAAGUACAUUCCCCACAACAAAAAAGGAAUUAAUAUACCACACAUUCCUCCUACUUAAUUAGCUUUAGUAACAUAGGACAGAUGAAUGACAUAACCAACAUGGAAAAGUUUCCAUUUAUCCAGGUUAAAUUAGACCGCUGUUCUUCCAAGUGUCAGAAGUCCACUAUGUAAAUAAAUAGUUUUUUCUUUCUUUUUUUGUAGUUGUAUAGCAUUUUUUGUGGCUGUUGUGAUAGUUACUAUUUAAUAAGCUGUAUGUAGACAGGUAUUUGCUGUAGCUGUACAAUGUUGUAGUAAAGACAGUUUUAGAGAUGGUCAGAGCGAAUCACAGCUAAAACAGCUUCUCAGUGUGCCUUUCUUUGACAACAAGCUGUUUGGUGAGCUGUCUGGACUUAGCAAUUAAAUGUAGCAAAUGUGACUAUAUGUUCAUAUAACUGGAUUUUGAACAGCUGUCAUUCAAUUUUCAGGAGGAGCACACGGUUUGAAGUCUUUUGCCUCUUAAAAUCUAGUCGUAGGGCCCAAAAUAAUCAUCCUAAUGUUGAUUCAGUUAAAAUGAUUAAGCAACUUUGGACUUCACCACUGGUCUAUUGUGUUUUUUGUAUUUUGUUUAUUUCAUUUAACUGUAAUUUGACUAAAUUGAGUGGCUAACUAAGUACUUCAGGAUGCCAGGUGGUAGUGUUAAAUGAUGACACACAUGCAGAAGUCACACAGCUGUCACUGUGUUUACUGCUACUCAAUCUAAACGCUGUUGCUGUGCUUCUAAGAUAUAUUUGUGUGGUAAAUCUGGACACACUCUUGUAGAUGAUUGUGUGUUAAUUUAUUUCAGUACCAUUUCAGGGUUCUCAGGAAUAUAUAUGUUUGAAGUUUAAUAAAGUCUUAAAGGUUUAA